GGACGAUAACCCUCAACUUGUUCUUUGUGCAUUUCUGGAUUGUUGUUAUCCCCUUUUCGUUUCCGAUAUUCUCUACGAUUCGUCAUUAUUAGAUACAAAUAUUGUAUCGAUUCAAUACUUUCCAUACCAUCUUCAACAUUAAAUUGAUUCCAAGGGAAGAUUCCUUUUGUCUCUGUAUAUAAAUCGAUCAAUGCAGGCACCAAAACCAAUCCACAACCAUAAAUGCAAUCACCACUCGAUUGAUUUUGAUUUUGGAGUUCGAUCGCCGGGAAAAAUGGCAGAAAAAAUGGUGAGAUAUGGGAUCAUCGGUGCCGGAAUGAUGGGGCGAGAACAUCUCUGUAAUCUGUACCAUCUCCGGAAUGAAGGCGCCGCCGUGGUUUGUGUCGCCGAUCCUCAUCUUCCGUCGCAACAGAUUUCCGUGGAAUUUGCGGAGUCCUUUGGUUGGCCACUCAAGGUCUUUUCAGGACAUAAAGAACUACUGGAUAGUGGGCUUUGUGAUGUUGUGGUUGUUUCAACUCCAAACAUGACUCAUUAUGAGAUCUUGAUGGAUAUCAUCAACCACCCAAAACCUCAUCAUGUGCUGGUGGAGAAGCCUUUGUGCACUACUGUACAAGACUGCAAAAAGGUGAUAGAGGCUGCUAAAAAGAGACCAGAAAUGCUGGUACAGGUUGGAUUGGAGUACAGAUACAUGCCUCCUGUGGCUAAACUGAUAGACAUAGUUAAGGGUGGAAAAUUGGGGCAUGUGAAAAUGGUUGCAAUCCGGGAACAUCGGUUCCCAUUUCUGGUUAAGGUCAACAAUUGGAAUAGAUUCAAUUGUAACAGUGGAGGUACGCUGGUCGAGAAAUGCUGCCAUUUUUUCGAUCUGAUGAGGCUGUUUGUAGGUGCAUAUCCAGUUCGAGUUAUGGCUUCUGGAGCAAUUGAUCUUAAUCAUAAACAUGAAGUCUAUGAUGGAAAGGUUCCUGAUAUUAUCGAUAAUGCAUAUGUUAUCGUUGAAUUUGACAAUGGUGCGAGAGGCGUGCUUGAUCUUUGUAUGUUUGCGGAAGGAAGUGUAAACGAGCAAGAAAUAUCCGUUGUUGGUGAACUCGGGAAGGGUGAGGCAUUCGUCCCCGAGAAUGUUGUUCGUUUUGGUCUGCGAGUCGAAGGGAGAGAUGGUGUACGUCGCAUGAGAGUUGAAGAUCAUCGAAUUAAAUAUGAUGGGCUGCACCAUGGGUCAAGUUACUUGGAACAUCUCAACUUUUUGGCUGCCGUCAAGACUGACGGUAAGAAAACUCCGGCGGUGGACCUGCACGACGGGUUGAUUGCGGUGGCGAUCGGUGUUGCAGCGCAGCUUUCGAUUGAGAAGGGUAGAUUUGUUAGCAUUAAGGAAGUCAUUUCCUAACAAUUUGGUCUUAAUUAGUAUUAUAUAAAUUUCCUCAGCUUCUAAUGAUAUUUUAUUAAUUGUAUUUUUUUAUCUUAUAAUUAAUGUUUGGAUAAAAUUUAGAAAUUUAAAUAAUAUAAAAUGUGUGAAAUCCC